AUGGAUGAAAGAGAAGAAAAGAGUAAGAUUUUAAUAAUUGGAGGAACGGGACGCGUUGGAAGUCUUAUCGUGCGAGCUAGCAUCAAAGCAAGCCACCCCACCUUCCUCCUCGUGCGCCCAUCCACCAUCGUUCUUGAUUCAUGGAAGUCUAAGCUCGUUAACUCUUUCAAGAGGGAAGGCGCCACCAUUCUCUACGGGGAUUUAGGCGACUAUGAUAGUUUGAUAAGAGCUAUCAAGCAAGUGGACGUGGUCAUCUCUGCAGUAGGGCAUGAAGGUCGAUCAGAAGUUAAGGGCCAGUUGAUGCUCCUUGAUGCCAUCCAACAAGCUGGAAACGUUAAAAGAUUCUACCCAUCAGAGUUUGGCAACGAUUUGGAACAAGUCCGACUUGUGGAACCAGCCAAGUCGAUGCUCGCUCAUAAACUAGUGCUGAGGCAAGCCAUGAGGGAGAAGGGCAUCCCUCACACCAUCGUCUUCAACUUCUUCUUCCAUGGCUUCUACCUCCCCCGGCUCGGCCAAGCAGAAGCAACUUCGGCUCACACUGAUGGUAAGGUAUUCAUCUCAGGCGAUGGCAACACCAAAGCCAUCUUCGUGAACGAAGUUGAUGUUGCAAAAUACACCAUCAGAUCUGUGGACGAUCCAGUGACUCUAAACAAAGUAUUGUACGUGAGGCCUCCUGCUAACUUCUACACGCUGAACGAGCUUGUAUCGUUGUGGGAAGAAAAGAAUGGAAAGAAACUUGAGAGGAUCUACGUACCUGAAGAAGCUCUCCUAAAGAAGAUUGAAGAUUCUCCAUUUCCACUGAAUUUUCAACUGGCUAUAGCUCACUCGGCUUUCAUCAACGGAGACCAGACUAACCUUGAGAUUGAUCCAGUUGUUGGAGUGGAGGCAUCUGUUCUUUAUGCGGGUCUCAAGUAUAUUACAGUCGAUGAAUUCUUGAGCAACCUUGUCUAG